UCUGAUACACUAUGGCCCUCACAGUUCCCUCACAUUGGCUCCAUGGAAUCCUCUCUAUUACUGGGAGGUUUCAGUGAGGUUCAACCUGCAGCCAAUGAAGCCGAAGUACUGGAAAUCUGUGACAAGAUUCGGCCUGAGGUUGAAGCCAAGAUUGGGGAAAAUUUUGCCGAAUUCCAAGCGAUAGAGUACAGAAUGCAGGUGGUGGCUGGGAUGAUCUACCUUAUUAAGGUGUACACUGGAAAUGGUGAAUACUUGCACAUUGAGGUGCUGAGCAAUCUGGAAGGUGGGGGGCUGGAGCUGCUUAAAUACGAAAGAGGGAAAUCAAGAGAUGAUCUACUGAGACCAUGAAUAUCAGUUAGAGAUACCAAAUGGCCACAUUCUGAAUUCUCUACAAAUGAUUUACCCAAAUACUGUUCAGAAUCCAAAGUCUACUUUGGAUAUUCUUGGUAAAAAUAAAAAUUGCAACAAAAACAACGGUCACUUUCAUUUGUCUGGAGCUUCAAAGUCACAUGAC